AUGGAAGUGCACAAAGGAACUAUUUACAGUAUUGAGAGGGACAUUUUUGAAAAAAAACUUAUUACUGCCUCAUCUGACGGAUUUAUUAGAAUUUUUGUAAAUAAAAAAGAACCAGAUGAUAAAAUUGAUCUUCAUUUGGAGCAUGAAUUAGAUUCAAUGCAUGGAAAAUUAAUAAAAGCAAUUUUUCUGAAUCAUAAUGAAUAUUUAGCGAGUGCUCAUUCAUCUGGACAUGUUGUUAUAUGGAAACUUGAUACAAAUAAUACUUACGCUGUAAAACAUGAAGAACAAGUUUUUACUGGUUGUAUAAAUGACAUCUCUUCGAAUUUCAAUAAUGAAAUAAUUAAUAUUUAUUGUGCUUGUGAAGAUGGAAAGGUAAGAAUUUUAAAUUUGAAAAAUGACGAAAACAUUGUAGUGUCAGAAUUUACUGCUCAUAGGUUUGGAAUUUCAACAAUUGAUUCGAAUAAUACUUUUGUAGUUACUGGCGGCCUUGACUAUUCCACUGCCGUAUGGGAAAAUAAUAAAGAAAUAAUAAGAUUUAGGGACCAUACAUCUCUAGUGAGAGAUGUAUGCAUUUCACCUAACAAUGUUUUUAAUAUUCUUUGUUUUGCUUCUUGUGGAGAAGACUGUAAAGUAUUUAUUUAUUGGAGACAUUUUGAGGAUUUUUUGAAACAAGAAAUCAUUCUUGAUGAACCUGUCUACAGUCUUAGUUGGAGCAAAUCAGGAUUUACAUUAAGUAUUGGAUACGGUCAAAAUAAAUUUAAGUAUUAUGAACCAGGUAAUGAAGGAAAAUAUGUGGAAGUAGAGCUUGUAUCUGAUAAUUAA